UUACUCCCUCCGUGUAUAUAUGUCCUUGGUUUUCAGUCACUCCUGGUCAGAUCCUCGUAUAUGCUCUUAUGUGGUCAUAUGCGGGCUCAUCGCGUUAUGGUGCCUGUUGAGCCCUCCGGAAAGUCAGUCCCAGUCAGUCCACCUUCGAGAGAUCCAGCCUCCGGAGAUCCAGCCUGCUCAGCCUCCGGAGAUCCAGCCUGCAAUCCAGCCUGCUCAGCCUCCGGAGAUCCAGCCUGCGAUCCAGACUGCUCAGCCUCCGGUGAUCCAGCCUGCCCGUCAGGAGCACCGGUCCAAGCCUGCCCGUCCACCAGAGCUCUGGUCCAAACCUGCCCAUCCGCCAGAAACCCUGUUGUCUGCGCGUCAGCCGGGUCGUCCUCCAAAGUUCUCCCCUUUCAUCUAA